AUGGAGGUCGCAGUUAUCGCGAUGUCUCCCGAAGAGGAGGCUGUGUUGGGGAAGCAGCACGAGCUGUAUCAAGAAGAUGCAGCAGCGCAGCGGAGCAGCAGCAGCAGCAGCAGCAGCAGCAGCCCUCUGCUGCAGCAGCCAGAUUUUUUAGCAGCAAAUGCAGCAGCAAUCGAAGUAAACAGCGGCGACUACACCUGCUGGUAUUUGAGGAGAAGAUUUUUAUCUCUAAACCCGAAGUAUCUCAACCGAGAUGAACUCAGUUAUUGCCGCUACAUGUGCAGUAUAAACCUUAAAAAUUAUCAGUGCUGGUUUCAUAGACGGUGGAUCCUUGAACAUAUUACAACUGUCUCCUUUUCGCUGCAAGAGGAGACAGACAGCGUAAAGGAGACACUUGCUGCCGACUCUAAAAAUUAUAAUUCUUGGGCUCAUAGGCGCCAUUUGCCUGCUUUCGAGCAGCACCCAACGAAUGAGAGUUUAGUUGCAUUUCUUCUAGGGUGUCUGAAGGAAGCAGCAGCAGCAGCGCGGCAGCAGAAACAGCAGCAGAAGCAGCAGCAGCAGCAGCAGCAGCAGCAGGAGCAGCAGCAGCAGGAGCAGCAGGAUGAGGAGCACCCGAAGGAGCUGCGGGAGGUAAUAGAGGCGCUGCUGUCAGCUGCUGCACGCGUUGCUGCAGCAGCAGCAGCAGCAGGCGGGGCAGCUCGAUUGGGUUUGGAGGUCGGAGUUGCUGUCGAUGAACUCCGCGGAGAUUAUAAAGCAGCACAUAAAGUAAUUAAACAAAUUUAA